AUUUAAUCUUACGCCCGAGGAAUGGGAGAUUGAAAUUAAGAAAAAUAAGUACGUUGAAACUUUGAGGACUACAUCGCUUCCAUUUCCUGAACUUUGUGCACAACUAUUUGAUGGGUCUGUUGCAACGGGCGUUGACAGUUGGGGACCAACUUCAGUUGAACCUAUCCCACAUGGACAUACUUCAUCUGAUGGUCCAAUUGUGGUUGAAGAAGAAGUGGAAUUUCAAGGUGCACAAGCUAUGUCUACAUCAACAGGUCAAUGUUCAAGCCAUAAGCAAUCUAAAAAACUCAAAAGUAAGGGCAAACAAGCAAAUUCAGCCAUUGAUGAAGAAUUUUUGAACGUGAUUCGCUUAGUUGCUUCAAAGCAUGGGAAGCCCGAAGCACCUUCGAAACCUGAACCACCAACUUUUGAUGACUGCAUGAAUAAACUAAAAAUGCUUGGAUGGGAAGAAGAUGACCCACUCUACGGAGUUGCCCUCGCAAUUUUUUGUGAUCCAAAUGAUCUUUAUCGCGAAGCAUGGAUGAAAAUUGAUGCAAAUCUCCUUCCAAAUUGGGUCAAAAUGAUUGGGAAGAAAUUAGGGUUUAUGUAGGUUGUUAAUUUCUUGUGUGUUUGUUUAAACGUAUUUUGGACUACAUUUGGUAUUUAUG